AUGGCCUGCCCCGCGCGCUGCGGCUUCCCAGCGCGCAAGAAUAGCCGCUUGGACGCCUUCCUGCGGAGGCAUCUGCCGCCCGAGGUCUAUGACGCCGUCCGCGCCUAUGAGCUGUGCAUCGCGGUAUGUGACUCGGAGAAACACACCGUAAAGUACGCGGUGCUCACCGACCGGCUCAUCUACCUGACCGAGAACCCGCCCAAGUCCAUCCGACGAGUCGUGGCGCUGCGGGACAUCGUAGCCAUUGACCUGAUUGAUGAUUACCCAGAAUUUCUAAGUCCACCAGAUAGAGAAACCAACCAACACAUUCGUAUCAUCUAUUAUUCAACUGUUUUUAAAAAAGAGUGUGAAAAAUCAAAAGGUGUCAGGAAAUUCUUAUUUCCAUUUCAUCAUGUCAAUGCUAACAACAAAAAAGUCAAAGAAGAGAAUAAUGGGCCUAUCUUUUGGAGAGGCAAAAAGUCUAAAGGUCUGAAUGAAUCCUUUUUCAGGCACCACCGGGAGAGCAGCCCAGCAUCCGAGGACUCAACUCUCGGCCCUCCUUCAGACCUGAAGAAGCUGUCCCUUCGUGGCCAAAGAGCCUGUGGACCCUCACCUACCCCCUCCAGGGGAAGCUGUCAGCUCACUCCACCCACUAGCAAGGCUAGUGGGCCAUUUUGUACAACAGACACAAAAGAUCCCCGGGAGCUUUCAGAUCACAAGGACUCUCUAAGUGAAAUCCCUUUCAAGUGCAAUGGGCACGGAAAUGAGUUUUACUUAGGAAAUUCCACUCUGGCUUCCCCUUUACAGAGCAACCCAAACCUAGAGAAAAAGGAAUCAGAACUUCAUUUGUAUGUUAUUUCCACAACGUCAUCAAUGUUUCUGCACCUAAAAAGUUCAUGGAACAAUUAUAUUAUAAAAGCUACUCUUUUACAAGAUCCCCUAUAUGUUAGCGAGCUCAGCCCUGCUACUGGAAAUCAAAAGCCAUACAGAUCUGAGGAGAAAAUUAAGCACUUUGGUCAGCUUAAAUCUGAACUGUUUCUUAAAGACAACACGUUGAGGAGGAUACUUUGUCUAAUCACGGAACUUAAAGUAGCAGCCCAGAAAAACUUCAUUCUGAAAAGACUUUUCUGGAAAACCAGUGACCUUUUCUAUUUCCUAGUGAACAAACUUCAUGAAUACUUGCCAGAGUCUAGGGAUAAGAAUGCACUUCACAAUAGAAGCCAAAGGGCUGAUGAGCUGGUUUUUUUUUUCAGGAGAACACUAUUUAACCUUUUGGUAAUCUUAAUUAGCGAGCCUCAGAUUCCAAAAUCAUGCCCUGUGUUUGACAUCCAGUUGGUGGCUGACUCAACUUUAGUUGAGAUGUCUUUUGAUGCUGAGUUACAGAAGCUUAUCUUGGAAUAUACAGACACAGCUACAGCACUUUUGUAUGAGAUACUUCUUGUCUUUCAGCAGGGAAAUCUUGGAUUGGAGUCAACACAGUUUGCUAUUAGCUGGAUAAUGUCCUUUCUACAAAGUUGUCCUCCCAUAAUUACUUUUGUGGCCAGUAUUGUGAAACGAGUGGUGAAGGGCCUUUCAGCUUCAUUUCAGCUGCUAAGUCCCAGCAGAGCGGUUUUGUUGUACCAGCAGUUUUACAUCCUCAAGAGCUGCCUGCAAUACAGCAAGACUUUAGCUGAGUAUAUUAGGAACAACUACAGAGAAGAAUUCAGGUACUUUAUUCACAUGCCAGCAUUGGAAAAAAGGCUCCCAUUAUGUUACCCUAUUACCCAACCUAUCACUCAACUUUUUCAUGAAGUUCUGAAAUUGGUUGAACAGAAACAAUCUGUGAAAUGUUAAUAUGCGUAUAAAAUGUUAAUUGGAAGUCAACUUAAUAAUUAUUAGAAAUACAGCUAUUCCUGUAUUCUACAAAAAAAUCUUAUUUGAAGUUUCCAUCAAUACCUCUCUAAGAGAAGUCUUUAAAGUUUUUAAUCUGCUACAAAAAAGAAACUGUUCAAUACAAUGACAUAAAGUGUUGCUGAAGACUAGCAUUUUUCUAAAAGAAAAAGCUCCUAAAGACAUAAAAGAAACAGAAAGCUAUGAAGAGCAAAUGUAGAAAGUGCACCCUGAUGAGUUUUGGUGUAAUAAUGGUGACUGGCAUGAAGCCACUGACAUAUCCAAAAAUAAAUUGUGGGGCAUAUAAAUACUGGGCAACAGGAUGACACCACCUGUAAAAAUUCUAGUGAUAUAAGUAUUCAUGGAAGAAGGAGCAAAAGAACAUAGGCAUAGCUGUAAGAAAGGUCAGUUCCUCAUUUAUCAUGGGGAAAGAAGCUUGGACUUGCUUCAACAAAACUAAGUGCAUUCUGCCACUCUUGAAUGAACCUGGGGCUAAUGAGAGCAGUCUUGUAGAGUUUCUAUGAAAGAGAAACUGUCUAUAAGCAGUUAUGGCUCUUCCAAUCAUUUUUAUUUUUUUUUUAUUUUUAUUCUUUUAUUUUUUAUUAUUUUUUUUUAACAAUGUCAAUAUUCAAUAGAAGAUUGUUUAACUUAAUUUCAACAUUCAGGCAUUAAAAGAAAAGAAAUAGAAACAACAGCCAGAAGUAACAGUGGUACACAUCACCAAAGUGGGCGGAAGUCUACAUCCAGACUUGGACAGUGCUGGGAAGUCCCAAGGAACAGCAAUUUGGAGUCCCAACUGGGAAAGGGACUGGGCAGUGCUUCCACCCUGGGGUGAGACUUCAAAUUGCAGCUUUGGAGGCUCCCGCUGAAACCAUUUGGUGUUGUUUUGUGGGGGCUCCGGCACCAUAGUCCUGUAUGUCUCUGCCCUGCUGAGCAGGGGACAUUGGUUUGAUCAGUUGGUGUGCUUGCCGGCAGGCAUGUAGUCCAGGCAGGGCCCAGGCAAGGUCAGACGUCGGUCAGAGGCAUGCUUCUGACUUCUCAAGUCUGAACAGGACUAGUUUAAUUUCCCUACAAGGACCUAGGCAGUCACACUUCUCUGGCCCCUGUCCUCUCUCCACACUCCCAGAGGAGUGUUGAGGUGACUAAUACAGUUUCUUUGAAAUGAAGAGGCAUGUGGAUCAGACUCCUCAGGACUUUUCAAGCCCCCAGAAGUCUGGAACUAAGUGACUGAUCGAUGGAGGUACAUCUGCAAGUGUCUCAUUGCCUUCCUGUCAGCCUUGGAGUCUUUCUGCACACAGCUUCCUGCACAUAGCACAUCAUUCCCCAGCUCUGGCUGCCUCUCCUGUUCCACGAGCGGUCUUUCUGAGGUUUUGUAUCUCCCUCUGAGUUCUUGAAAGCCCACAAGGGUCCCUCCUCAUCUUCAGGAGACUUGGACUUGGAGAAGGGGCUCUAGGAUCUAAGCCAGGUGAGGACCCUUUGAGCACUCAUGGAAACUUUCAUGGGCGCCUUAUGCCGCCACUGCCUCCCAUCUUCUGGGCCACUGGUGUACAUCCGCCCGUCUCCCCAUCGCUCAGACUCUCCAAUUAUUUUUAAAAUGUCUUACUAUAUCUUAUGGCAGUAAACUAAAACCUUCACUUUGGCAUCGCUGCUGAGCUAUUGGGUUUGGGCUUCUAAGAACUCAGGAACUGGGUCCUCCCUUCAACUGACAUAAGGGAGAAUCAGAGAAGAAUCCAGCACCAAAGAAAGAGCUCCCAAGCCAGACCUGCCUGUGCUGCGCAGUGGAGAGAGAAUUGAACUCAGGACAUCUGAUUUCUGGUUCUGGCUAAGCCACUAACCGGCUGUUUGACCUGGAGAAAGCCAGAUCUCCUUUCAGGGCCUCCUCUGCUAUGUGGAAAGCUAGGCAGAACUUGUUCUCCAAGUUCUCUUCCAGCUCUGACAUUCUCUGCUGGUGAUGAGAGACGUCUGAGCAUUCUGUCAUGGGCAGUGCAUUCCUCUGCUGCCCUGGCUCAGUGCCUGGUUGUACAUUGAUUUCAACAAUACUGUUUUCUUUGGACUAAGCAUUUUCCUCCUGGCUGUCAUCAGCAUCGCCCCAGAAAGUAUCCAAGCCUUCUGCACUGUCACGCAUCCAAGAUUACAAGUCUUCUGCUUUCUAAUCUAGGGACAGAAAGGGGAGCAAAAUGGUCUUUAUGAGUGUCCUGGGCUGUCAGAUGAGGGGUUAUUCCCAAGAGAUGUUUAAACAGGAGAAUUUGAAAAGGUUCUUAAGAUAAAGGCAAGCAACACUUGAAACUGGAAAAAUGAUGUGCCAGUAGGCUGACUACUGAUGAGUGUGCAGCCUGCAGAAGGACAAGAGGACCGCCUCAGCUCUGCCUCGGCUUCCAGGCGGUGCCCUGGCUCUGGGCUAGGAGAGGCGAGGCUCUGGAGGGGGCUCGGGGGUCCCUUUCCCACCUGCCUUCUUGUCUGUGUUGCUUCUUCUCUUCCACUAGUUUCGGACCUUGGGAAGUUACUUAACAUCUCUAAGCCUUAAUCAAAACAAAAGUAUAACCCAUCCCAGAGGGCUGUUAGAUUUAAAUGAAAAGGUAUUGCUUAAGCACACAGCGGGGUAUGUGGAAGCAGUAAGGAUUCAGUGCAUGCGUGCUCGGUUGCUGAGUCAUGUCUGACUUUUUGUGACCCCAUGGACUGUAGGCUGCCAGGCUCCUCUGUCCAUGGGAU